AAAGCAGAACAAGCAAAACAUGUCAGUUUAUCAAAGCCUGAGGCUUCAUCGUCCUCUCACUCAAUCCCUGUUCCCUAAGCUGUUACCCAGAACCAGAACCUAUGCAGCAACAACAGCAGUAUCAGUGUCACCCCGAAGGAUAUGCACCGUUUCAUGCCAUUCAGUAGCACAUGCCACCACCACUGUCCCUUCCCCACCAGAUGGAGGGGAGCAGAUUGUGGAUGAUGAUAUCUUUGAUGCACCUAGAAUGAAAAUGUUGAAGCAAAAAAUGGACCUUCUUGGCAUUAAAUUGGACAAUACUUGUGUGCCUGCACUCUACCAUAACCUGCGUUGUCCAAAGUGCAAAGGUGGGCGUUCGAAGGAGAGGAGUUUGUCUUUUCACAUUAUCUCUGAUUGUGAGUUUGCAAUGUGGAGGUGUUUUCGACCUGAAUGUGGCUGGGCUGGCCGGGUUUUUGCAGAUGACAUGGAGUUGGAUGGUAAGGUUUCUGCUAAUGCUAAGCCUUAUGGACAAACAACUGAGAAGAGCUUAGGAUUGGAACCCCUUGGUCCUCAGCUUCUUGCUUACUUUAAGGAGAGGUUGAUAUCAGAGAAAACUCUAAGCAGAAACGCUGUAAGGCAGCUGUCUGACUCUGAUGAUAAGAAAGUCAUUGCUUUUACUUAUAAGCAAAAUGGGUUGCUCGUUGGUUGCAAGUACAGAACUGUGGAGAAAAGAUUUUGGCAGGGAAAAGGCACAGACAAGGUACUUUAUGGAAUUGAUGACAUUAGUCAUGCAUCUGAAAUCAUCAUUGUUGAGGGAGAAAUUGAUAAGCUCUCACUUGAGGAGGCUGGCUUUCAAAAUUGUGUUAGUGUUCCAGUGGGUGCACCUGGAAAGGUUUCUUUCAAAGAUUUGCCACCAAGAGAAAAGGACACUGCAUAUCAAUACCUUUGGAACUGCAAAGAGUACUUGGAUAAGGUAGUUCGCAUUAUCCUGGCAACUGAUAAUGAUCAACCAGGUCAAGCUUUAGCUGAAGAGCUAGCACGGCGCCUUGGGCAUGAAAGGUGUUGGCGAGUACACUGGCCAAAGAAAGAUGAAUCCAGCUGUUUCAAAGAUGCAAAUGAGGUUCUCAAAUACAUGGGAGCUGAUGCUUUGAAGAGAAUGGUUGAAAAUGCAGAGCCAUAUACAAGUGCAGACUAGUGAAUUCCAUUUAAGUGUAUGAAAAUGGGCAUAAACUUAGGAAUAUGCUUCAUCAAGAUUGUGUAGUUAGUGUUUAUAUCUACACGUUUAUAUCGUAAAUUGGUGAUUUGUAUCAAGUUGAUUGUACAGACUGACAUUUUUACAACGCAUCAUUUUUUCAUUUAU